AUGGUUAUUCUAGAUUCAGACUACUAUCGCAACCAGGCCGGCUUUUGGUUAUUUCCGUCGUCUUGCAGAACCUAUACUUUUAUAGUGGAGCAUAAAUUUGAGGGAACGAUAGCCCGAGUCAGGAUCGUCAAGCCCUACGGGUUGUCAAGUGUGAGAAGGUAUUACGGCUUCGCAUGCUAUUGGACGCCACAUGGAAUCCUACUACAUGUCGCCUAA